UACCGAUAGUUCGUAUGUAGCAUUACCAAUAUUAUCUCAAAAUGGGAAAGAUAACCUUAGAUAUGCUGGCGAAAUCUCCAAGCCAUACAAAGAAAAGAAGAGAUGAAACUGUGCAACAAUACGUGCGGAGGUUGACCCACUUGUAUUUUUCAGAGAAAAACAUUGAUGAAAUUGAUAAUCUUCAUCACUGCCGAAAUCUAUCAGUUCUCUACCUUUAUGACAACAAUAUUGCAAAGAUCAAGAAUCUUGGUUUUGCAACCAGCCUAACACAUUUAUACCUUCAGAAGAAUGAGAUUACUAAAAUAGAGGGACUUGACAAUCUUAGGAGAUUAACAAAGUUGUACCUUGGUUCUAAUUCCAUCACAGUUGUGGAGGGGUUGGAGAAACUGGAAAGUCUUCGUGAGCUUCACAUUGAAAAACAAAAUCUACCUCCUGGUGAAAAGCUUCUCUUUGAGCCAAGAUCACUUGAAGCUCUUUCUAAAUCACUAUGUGUGCUGAAUAUAUCUGAAAACAACAUAGAUUCUGUGGAGGAGCUGAAAUGUCUCAAGAACAUGACACAGUUUUUCACAGAAAACAACUGCCUCUCAGAUAUGAAGGAGCUUUCAAGAGUUUUUGCAUCUUGGCCAUCACUGUGGAGGUUAGAACUGACUGGAAAUCCUAUUUGUAACAAGAAAAAAUACAGGGACAGGGUCAUUGUUAUGUCCAGGUCAUUAGUUAUGCUUGAUGGCAAGGAAAUCAAUGAGACUGCCAAACGAUUUUUAAUGAACUGGAAAGCCAGCAGAGAUGCAAGAAGGAAACAGAGGAAACAGCUGCACUUCCUUGAAGGGGGAGCAUCAAAUCUCAUAUCAGAUUCAUCAAAUGCAUUUUCAAGUAUACCUUCUCUUCCACCCAUUCAGGGGCUACCAAAUGCUGACGGGGAAUAUAUGAUAAACCCUGGAGUAAAUCCGUUACUUUAUGAAGGAGUUGUAGCCAGUGGAUCCCAGUCAUUAGCACUACCUAGGGGCACAAAACCAUUUGCAGCUAUAAUGCAAGCAAGAGCUCCAAACUCAACACUUUUAAACAGGAAACCUGCUGAGGAUGUGUCACAAUCAAGGUUUCCAAACAUCUUUGCACCACCACGCCCCAUCAUUUCUGAGUCAAACUGGGACACUGACAGUGAUGUCCACAGUGGACCACCUGUGCCACUACAGACAUAGUGAAUUAUGGACAAUAGAGAUUUCUGAAAAUUCUAUAUGUUUUGGUUACAAAAAAGAUAAACAU